GUGAAAGUGUCGCGGAGAAGUGACUUAAUACGGAAAUCGAAAACGGAAGAAAGCAUAACGGGAGAAAAUGUUAAAUAUUUCAAAAAUACCUCUGAUAUGUGUUCUGAUGUGUUUUGGUGCUCCAGCGCUUGGAAGUUUCCAUCAUGAACCAGCGACGGUGGGCGUACCCGUGGGAGUUCCAGUUCCAGUGCCAGUUCCUGUGCCUUCUCCAUAUCCGGUUCCAUCUCCAGUGGCGGUACCAGCUCCAGUAGCAGUACCCGUUUCCGAUACCGUCACCGUGCCAGCGGCCUUUAGUGCCCAUCAAGGAUUUACCUACGGAGCUGUAGAUCACUAUGGUCCACCACCUCCGGCGAUCUUUAAAUAUGCAACAUCCUAUGCGGCACCACAGCCGGUUAUUAAGUACUCCCUGGGAGCUCCAGUGACCACUACCACCACCACCUACACCGGAUUUGCAGCACCGGCACCACCAGCCGUUCAUUAUGCUGCAGCAGCAGCACCUCCACCACCACCACAGUUUAUAGCCCGGUUGGCUCCUCCACCAAUUGGAUACCAGCUUGCAGGUGCUGCCCCGUCCUACGGCAGGUACAAACUCCACUUUGGGUCACCACCUCAUCAUUCUCCGGCCGCCGUCUAUGGAGCUCCCCCUCCUGUAGCAUUUAGCACUCAGGGCUGGUAACUCGAGAAGCGCCAGCUGGGCUCCGGCUCAUUAUGCAUAACUAUGAAUGAUAAUUUCCUCAAAUUAGCAAUUAAUUAAAUCUAAAUAAUGUUGUUAUGCUUCGUAUUAUACGCGACUCGUGAAUUUAUGCGAAGAACGCGAAGCGUAGCGAUUAAAUUAUGCUUAUGUCAAUACCCAUAAAUAAUUCAGAUGUUUUCAUGGCUUGAAGUUAUUUUUUGGCUCAGACAAUUUUGGCCAAAGUCGAGGCUUGACUUUGAGAGGGCCCAGAAAAAUGCAUAAAUAAUAUAAAUUUGCCGCUAUUAAAGCUAUGACUACGGCUCAACUGACCUAAGUCAAUGAAUGAAAGAGGGAAAUAGCGGAGAUAUCCGUCAAUUGGGUCAACAGUUUAAACUUUAAAAAGCUUUUGAGUUCACAGAUAGACAGCUUGAUUACA